UCGAUAGCAAAGGAAAUCAGGCCAAACGCUGUGAAAAGAUACGAACCAGAAAAGAACAAGGCGAAAAAACUCAAAAAUUCUCCUAGGAAAACUAGAAUCUUGAACAAAGGAUAUUUCAAAUUUUCCACGAACUUUCCUCGGGUGAACACAAAUGAAGAGUGAAAAGUGACUUAGAGAAACCAAGUUUAGCAAGUGUUGUGGUAUUUUAAGGAAGAGGAACUCGAAAGUAUCCUGCGGUGGCGAAGUUUUGCAUUUGCCGUCGCUAAUUGUGAGACUCGAACUGCAGCUGACAGGCGGCAAUCAGAAGUGCAAAGGAAAUCGGAAAGGAAAAACUUUAACUCCUACCGCCGGUCGCGUCUCACACUUCAUCCAAAUCCGAAUACGAAUCAAAAUCCCGGGAAAUUGUUCGCCUGCCAGGCCUCAAGCUGGGCGAUUACCGCAAAAUGACACGUGUCAGGCGCAUUGUGCGCUUGGCCUAAAAGUAUGCUGCAUCAUUAGUGUCAGGGCGAGGACUCCCCACACCAACGACGGCAACAACUACGACUACACCAGCGAGACAAAGGAAAAACUGGGCUGGCUGCAGCUGGGAAAAUUGAAAAUGUAUGCUCAUUAGUAAGGACAGACGCGGCAAGGGGGAAAAGCAACAGCAAAAGCGCAUUGCAAGGACCGAAACGACAAGUUCCUAAGUCAAGCGGCAACACCAAAAACAACGGCCAUUCAUAAUUAGCAACAAAAACAACAGCUAAAAAAACGACAGCGACAACAGGGACAGCGACAGUGGCUGAGAAGCAGAUGGGCAGAAGGACAGCUGGCAAAAGUCAAGGACGAGCUUUAAAAUAAUUCGCGGAAGCAUGGCCAAUGGAAGCAACUCCAGUUAUCUCGAGCCCCACAAGAUGCCAGCAGGCUCAGCGAGCUGAUUUCGAGGAUUAGACAAAUUGGAAGAGCUCGCAAAUUAUCGCCGGGGAAAUUGAUAGAUUCGAUUAGCAAUCUAAAAAGCAUAAAUCCAGCCGAGAAACGCCGACGGCCGCGACAGAGACAACAGCCGGCGGCUUCUUUAAUUUGUCAACCAUCUACAUAACCACCCAUCUCGCCCACCAUCCCAUUGGACUUCCGCUAAAUCCAUCGCCCUAAGCCGACAAACAUCGAGUCAUGCCUGAGCAGGAUAAUUACGAUGAUGAGUUGGUCUCCAGCAAUCCCAACCAAAGGAAUUGGCGCGGGAUCCUCAUCGCGCUAUUGGUCAUCAUCAUCGUCCUGGCCCUGAUUGUAACUUCGGUGGUGCUGCUCACGCCCCCCGAUGAGGGACCGCGGGUCAAAGGGCAGCGCAUCAAGCUGCAGGACAUCGUCGAUGGCCUCUUCGUUCCGCAGCACUCCAACGGCAGCUGGAUCGAUGCCGAGGAGUUUCUGUACCAGGACCAUUUGGGUCGCAUCUGUCUGCUGAAUGCAGCCAAUCGCUCGGAACGUGUCCUCAUGUCCAAUGUGACAUUUAAAACCCUGGCACCCUUCACCUUCACCAUAUCGGCGGACAAGCGCUAUCUGCUCCUGGCCCAGAAUGUUGUAAAAUUGUUCCGGCACUCGUAUUUGGCGCAGUACACGCUCUAUGACAUCCAGACCAGUGAGAGCAUAAAGCUGCGCCACAGUCCGCAUCAGGAUGAAUGGCCCUAUCUGCACUACGCCCGAUUUACGCCUGCUGGGAACGCAUUGGUCUGGGUGCAGAGCUACGACAUCUAUUACAGGGAGGAGGUCCGCAGCCCGGCCGUUCAUCGGAUUACCCACGAUGCGGUGCCCGGAGUGGUGUACAACGGCAUCCCCGAUUGGCUGUACGAAGAGGAGAUCCUUCAUGCAAAUAAUGCGAUUUGGAUGUCGGACAAUGGCCAACUGAUGCUUUACGCCACCUUCAACGACACUCACGUCCAGGAGCAGCACUUCGCCUGGUAUGGGACGACGGGUCCGACUGGCGGAGCAGCGGCAGCUGCAGCGGCCGCUGCGGGAGGAGGAUCUGGAUCUGGAGGCGGAGGAGCGGGCGCCUCGUCGAGCGGCAAUAAUCCGCAUGCCAACCUGUACCCGGAAAUCAGGUCCUUACGCUACCCCAAGCCCGGAACUCAGAAUCCCACAGUUACCCUACGAGUAGCUGACCUGAAGGAUCCGCAGAACGUUCGCAUCACAGACCUGCAUCCUCCACAGAUUUUGGCUCAUGAAGAUCACUACUUCAGCAGCGCCAGUUGGGUGAGCCACUCCAAGAUCGCCGUGGUUUGGCUCAAUCGACCUCAAAACAUAUCGGUGGUCAGUGUGUGUAAGGCACCGUCGUUCGAGUGCAUUGAGACCCACCGGGUGAGCGGAGAUGGACGUGGCUGGGUGGACACUGUCGCAGUGCCGCUGUUUGCCGUCAAUGCCAGCAUCUAUGUGGCCAUCUCCCCACUGCGAGAUGGCCUGUUUGGCUAUUUCCGGCACAUCGUGCACGUGGACAUCGACAAGAACCGUGUGCUGCCCCUCACCCACGGGCCCUACGAAGUGAACCGAUUGCUGCACUGGGAUCAGCUGGAUAAUUGGAUCUACUUCCUAGGAACUCCCGAGCGCCUGCCCUCGCAACAGCAUCUAUAUCGCGUAUCCGCCCUGCCAGCCCGCCAAGGUCAGGCCCUUCGCUCGCCCGACUGUCUAACGUGUCCGGCUGUAGCACAGUGGGCCGAAGGCUACGACGAAGGUCAUACCAAGUCGCCGCCAAAGCUGGUGACCGCUUGGGACGAUGAUUGGGAGGAUUCCGAGGAGGCGGAGGUGCAAUCGCCACAGCCAGCGAUGCCGGUGGAGCAACAGCCUCCGGGUAGGGGUCAGAGUGCGCCCCUGCCACCGCCACCCAGUGAUUGCCUGUACCACGAAGCGCAGUUCCCAAUAUCGCGCCGGGCUAAAUACGUUUUAAUAGAUUGCCUGGGACCUGUAGUACCCACCGCCAUUAUAUACGGCUUAAAAACCACCGUUCCAGAAAUCCCUAAGGUGAAGCGACAAAGCACCCAACAGGAGGAACCUCCCACGGAAGGUGGGGAGGAGAAAUUGGUGGAGGAACCGAAGUCACAGUUCCUGGAACUCCUCGUCACCGUGCAGAAUAACACCCGGCUGAAGGAGAAGAUGGCCAAGACAGCCAUGCCGCAGAUCAAGACGUUCCCUGUUAUGAUCUCCGGUGGAUAUCAUGCCCAGGUACGGCUCUACCUUCCGCCCGUUUUACGCGAGGACGAGAUCACUCGGUAUCCCACCAUACUGCAUGUCUACUCCGGUCCGGGCAGUCAACUGGUCACAGAUCGCUGGCACGUCGAUUGGAACACCUAUUUAGCUGGCAGCAAGGACUACAUUGUCGUGGAGAUCGACGGACGAGGAUCUUCAGGACAAGGAUACCAACUCCUCCACGAGGUCUACAAGCGUCUUGGCAGCGUGGAGGUCUCCGACCAGCUAGAGGUCAGCGAGUACCUACGAGACAACCUGCACUUCAUUGAUUCACGCCGAAUGGGAGUCUGGGGCUGGAGCUACGGUGGAUAUACGGCUGCUUUGGCUCUGGCCGGUCAGCAGUCGAUUUUCCAGUGUGGAAUCAGUGUCUCGCCCGUCACCAAUUGGAAGUUAUAUGACUCCACAUAUGCCGAACGCUAUCUGAGUUUCCCCAAUGUGACGGAUAACUACAAGGGAUACGAGGAGAGUGACCUGUCCAAGUACGUGGACAAUCUGCGGGAUCGCCAGUUCUUGCUGGUCCAUGGAACAGCCGACGAUAAUGUCCAUGUGCAGCAAUCAAUGGUUUUGGCCAGAUCACUGACCAGCAAAGGAGUGCUGUACAAGCAGCAGAUAUAUCCGGAUGAGGGGCAUAGCCUUUCGGGUGUUAAACGGCAUCUGUACCGCUCGAUGACCGCCUUCUUUGAGGAUUGUUUCAAGAAACUGGUGCCGCCGGAGACGAAAGCUGGCCUGGGCAGUGGCGGCGACAUGCAGCAGCAAUAAACUUGGAUUGUGGAAUCAACCAAAGAAAAUAUUCAAUUUAAAUAACAAAAGUAUGGAAACACAGCAAACUUCACACUUCAGCCGGAACGUGCGAACGAAAUGUUUUUUGUAAAUUGUAAAUUGCAUGAAAUGUGAUUUAUCAUUAACUCACCCACAGAGCCCAGACUCUCUUACACACACACACACACACACACAAAAGAGCUGUUAAAUGGCAGCUCAAAUAGCCGAGCAGCAGCAACAACAACAACAACUAAGUUAAAUGGCAUUUUGUGUAAAAUUAAUAAGCAAAGCAGCAGCAGAAGCAGUAAAUGCGAAAUGCGAAAUGUGGAAUGCCAAGUAAGUGUGCACAAAAAAAGGAAAAACAAACAAAUGUGUAUGUAUGUCUGCAGACAAAGCGAACAAAAUCAACAUGGUUGUGAAAACAUAACUCACACAAGUACUCUCUUACACACACACACACACAGCCUACAGAGAAAGCACGCUCAAAGGUAGGCAAUAAACAUUUACACAUGCGGCUUUUCUCCGGUGACAGGUGUGACAUUUCAAUGCCCUCGCAAAAGGUGUUUUCACUUCGGCAAACCUUUUUCCAUCUUUCUUUUCGAAACCCAUAAUUAGUCCGAAUUUUUGCAUUUUCAUAUUUAUUUUUAAAAACAAGCUGGGACUAACUGAAGUUUAUCUUUCAUUUUGUUAGAACAGAGACCACUUUUCCGAAGAAUCUAAAAUCAAAGUCACUAAUGUUUAAAUUGAUUUUCGUUUAAAAGAAAGAAAGAGUCUCAAAUAUGAGAUUUUGAACUUUACAUGAGUAUUAGGGCCGUCGGCUUGACAAGGCUGCACUUCCCGUUUGGUUUUACUUUUUUCCCUUUAUUGUAAUUUAUGCAUUUUUCGCAUAAAUUUCCAACUAAGAGCAAACAGAAAUAAAAUCGAAAAAUAAAUUUAUUGAAAAUGCUGCACGGGAACCAGCUGAGGUUCAUGCCGUUCUGCUUGCACGGAAAUGACCAGCAUAAAUCAAAUCUGACAACAUUCUAAAUGACAUUUUCUGAUAGUCGAACGGUUUUAUCAUUUGCCAAGGGAAAGUUUCCCAAAAUGUGUAAUGGCUCACAGGGGGGCACAUAGCGGGGAAGUGGCCAUAAAUUGCGACUGAAUUUAUGGACUUAGCUCAUAAUUGAGUCUGGAUUUGCAAACUGUUGACAGAGCGGAUGAUUGAAGUGAGAAUUUGCGUACUGAACUCAUCCCAGACUAAGUGCGAGUCCAAUUUGAAUACAAUUCAGUCUCUGUUUUGGAUAGAUUAAAUUACGUUUUUAAUUUGAUUUUCGUAACUCGUAAAUUUGAUCAUAAAAUUUACUGCCCAAAAAAAAAAAAACAAACAAAAAACCAAAUAAAACUGAACAAUGUCCGAGAGAUGGGCCAGUGUCAGUUGGAGAGAAAAUAAUUCGUUUGCAGUAAAGUUUAAUUAAAUCAAACAAAAUAAAAAGCCUGCAAUAAAUAAAGCAUAAAUAUUUGAAAUGAAAUGGAUGAGACGAACGAGAGAAUGCAUAAAAAUGCUUUCGAAUAAAUGCAGACAUAAUUGAAUUCACAGAAAGCAAACAGAAAAUUACAAAAUGGCCAAAGUAAACUUAUUGCACAAAAAAUGGAGCAUUCGAUGUGAAAAUGAACAAAAAUUAUGAAUCAAACAAACCAAUUAAAUAGUAUAAAUGCAUGUAAGUAGCGCAAUAUUAAUAGAUAAAUUUACGACUUUUUGUUCCAUUCUAUUGCCACAACUUUCCAAAGCAGAAAAACCAAAGUUAGUGACGGUACUGUAGCGUUAGUCAGAAUCCAGCAAAUCAGCAAAAGUAGUUAAUUAAGCGAAGGUGAAUUAAAACGAUAAACUAAAAUGAGAAAAGGUCAAAAAUAGCUGCGAUACACAUUAAACUAAAGUGGGACAAAAGCAAUGCUCAAAAUGUAUGAAAAGCAAAAAGCGGAGCAGAAGAAAGCCAAAGGACACAGCAUCGCACAUCCUGCAAAAGUCUCAAUUAACCUCGAUCCUUCAGUUUUUCACUUCCACUCCCAGAGUGUAGGCCAGUAUGCAGGAAAGGAUUAUCUUUAAUUAGACAUUUGGCACAGUUUUUUGAGUGCGGCAGUUAAUUAGCAACCGCCGCAAGUUCAGGCUCAGUUGUGGCUCUUAAUUCUGAUGGCUGAGCAGGAUGUUAACCCAAAGGGUGUGCAUUGGUAUAGCAAUGUUAGCCAAAUGAAUGCGAAUUUUGGUUUAUACUUAUAUGAUAAUAAGUGAAAAGAACGUAUAUCUUUUAAAUUAAACAACAUGGAACUUAAACUUAAAAAAAAAACUUGUUUGGCCUUCAUAAGUUCCAACAAACUCCUUAGAAGUCGCUUACUAUGACAGCUAAUUGGCCCACUAGCGUAUUACUACACUUUCCCAUAAAAUCUUUUCAAGUUUCCAGGACACAUCACUACUAUAUUUUUCGCUAAAUUCCUAUAAAUAUAAAUGUGUGUAUCCGUUUACGUUCUGUGCAGCCCGUAGCAAUAGCAAUCCCAGCGGUAUGGAGUUUACCCACCAACUUUCAGGGCAAUUUUAAUAAUAAAGCCGCGUUGGCCGCAAAGUAUGCUACACGAAAUAUAAACUCGUCCUUACAGCGAAACCCCUUUCCAUUUCCAUUCCCCUUCUCGACCCCUCAACUCACAGCCCACCUGCCCCCUCAGGUAGGCAGUGAUGUGUGCUGGUGUUGGAAAAUUGCAAGCCAACAUAAAUUUAUGUCUGCCUGACACUUUUAUGUGCCUCGCUGGCGGUUUCAGCUUUUUACGUCGCGUUUUUAGACGCUAGCAGAACGCAUGCCAAUGUUUGGCUAAGCCGCAGGUUUUCCUGUCCACAAUUAACUCACACAGGUGCCGGCACACACCUGUCCAAUGGGCGUGUUUUUAGGGGGCGUGUGUCUGUGUGAAGGCGCUUAUUUUUAGCCUGAAAGGUCGUCUGUAAGAGAGGCUGUAAAAGGCCAGCUGCUGCCGCUCCUCCUCGUCCCAAUACCGGGUCCUCGUCCUGUUGACAAACAGACACGAAAUAAAGGAUAAAGGUGUUUGCUUUAAAUGGGCCUAGCCCUCCGCUCACUCGACCCAACGAAACCUAAACGAGAUGAAGCCGUAAGUGCGAUGCUGUGUCAGAGCUAUGGAAAUUGAAAACGGCUCGAAGACAAAGGGAAUGCCGAAAAACAAAAACAUUUAAAUGCUUUCUAUGUAGUGUACUAAGGACCAAUUACCAAUGAGGCGUGCGGGAAUAAUUAAAUAUAUACAAAAUAUGAAAAUGUAGCAACUCGCAGUAGAGGAUUAACAAAAUUUGCAAUAUAUACAUAAACACACGUACGACAUAAUGAAUAUUGACUCAAAUACCAUUUAGUAAUUAUACAAGCAUAUAUAUAAAUAUAUAUAUACCUAAUGAUAUAUACAACAAAUCAAAUAAAUAUGUCUACACAUACGGAUAUGGUAGUUUAGUUCGAUUAGAGGAUCAAGCGUUUGCAUUAUUCGAGUUACAACCUAUAAAAACCCCUAAGAACCCCUAGAACCCCUUAAAAAAACACUCGUAUUGUUAAAAUACUGUUAGCUCAAAUAAAAAAGCUCGACUCGUGAGUCAGCUGCUCUGUAAAAAAGGGAAACUGUAAUAUACGCCUAUACAUAUAACUAAAUAACUAUACUUUGAUAUAUGAUAAAUAUAUUUUAUAAACAACUUUUACUCUUAAACAAUAAACAAUUUUAAUACUCUAUCUUCAGCCUUACCGUAAACUAAACGAAAGAUCUAAGAAAGAAUAUAGUAACUCCUUAAGAAGAGCUCAGAAAGCUGAUGUGCAGAGAUGCAAAUCUAUCCUAACCUAAGCCUAAAACCAACGAAAUCGAAUAAAAGUUGUUAGUUCUGUUGUUUGAUGUAAAUAAGCUUUAAAGUGGUUAGCUCAACUCAAAUACUUUGUUUACUCCUUUCGUUAGAGAGCGUUUGAGCAAUAUGUACUUAAGCCGAUAGCGAAAACAAAACCUUUGUGAUCCAACAUGUUUCUUCUCUUCCAUGAAGCAAAACCAAACUAACCAAUAUAAUAUUAUGAAUUUAAUAUUAAUAUGUAAUUACAUUGACUUAAUUAGCUGAGACGUUCAAAUAAUUUCGCCUGGCAUUUAGUAAUGGAAAUCGUGAAAAACGAAAGUAACUAAAAUAAACGAAAGCAUGAGCCAAAAAAAGGAAA